AUGAAGUUUAUACAACUUGCUGGUUUGGCCAUCGUGCCAUUGGCUCUAGCCGCCCCAUUCUCAGUUGAACAGGAAGAGAAAACAGUCAAUAAUGUAGAUCCGUUGGACGUUGGUGCAGUUAACAGUGCCCUUUCAUUCGAGAACAGCAUCGCUGGACUUGUCCGUAACAUUGCACAGACGAUUGACGGUGUCCUUAGCGCAGAUGCAGCACAGCGCCAUAUCGACACACCAGUGUCCAUCAACUCGAUCAUUGAGCAAAUGUUCAUCAGCGGUGGUCCAGCUAGCGAAUUGGGCAAGGAGGACUCGCACUCUAUGAAGGCCGACAGCGUCAAUAGCGUGAUCAACAAUCAGGCUAACUACGGUAGCCAGGCAGUCACCGACACGGUCCAUGGUUUCCAAGGCACCGUCAACGGCAACAUUGACGGCCCGGCCGAAAUUGACGCCAGCUUGCUGACCUCCUUGAGACAGCGCGAGUCCGUUGGCCAGAUCCAAAAAGCUAUCGAUUCUAUGAUCAACAGCGCAGAACACGAUGAUGUGAUGCAUUUUGCCAAGCGUAUGCGUACCUUGUUUGAAUCCUUGUUUAAGAACUUUGGUACUGGAAACAGCCCUGUCGAACGCAUCAUCCGUGAACUCGAAAGCCUUGUCAUGGCUCGCACGGUUAACUUGCAACAAAAGGCCGAUAUGGUGGAUGGUCAAGUAUUGUCCAGGGAUGAGAUCGAAAACUUGCUCACCUCGUUCCGUGACCAGAUCCGUCUCGCCGUUCGAGAGUAUAUUGAGCAACACCCACUCGAGUACUUUGGUGUCGUCGGUGCCUUUGAAGAGGUUGAAAGUAACGCCGUCUUGGAGGCUGAGGGGCUCACUUACUUCCUCAUCCGUAUCACUGAAAAUGUCAUUGGUGCCUUUGUGCCUGAUGACCCUGUGAGCGACAUUGUCGAUGUCGUUCAACACAGCCUUCCCGUCGACGACCUUCCUAUCGCUGACCCUCCUAUCGAGAAACCUCCUGUCGACCUUCCUCCAGUGAGCAAUCCAGAUCUUCCUCCAGCAACCGCCGAACAAGCUGCUUCCGCUUUCUUUGAACAAAUUAAACAGAAUGCCCGGGCCACAUACCUUAUGGGCCAUGUCCUUUCCCAUGCUUCCGAUAUUCAAUAUGCUCUUGACAACCAUGUUAACAACGUCCAAAAGAUCGGCCUCCACGGUAUCAACGAUGGCCUGUACUUGCUCUUGAACGACCAAGCCGAAAUGGAAAAAAUUACCCAUGCUCUAACUCGCAACGCCGGGCCACUUGGUGAAGCCCUCGCUCACGUUCUUCAAAAGUUCAUUGAGACCAAUGCUGACAUCUUGGCUGCCUUUGGCCAACAGAAUCGUGCUCUUCUAGGACCCGACCUUGUCAAGCUCGUUUUCAGUGCCCUGGACAAGAUUGUUGCGAAAUAUCAAGAGGAUCACCAGCUUCUUGGUCUUGUGUUGAAGAAAAGUCUUGUCUUUAUUGAGACUAUCUACAAUGAUGAUCCCGAUAUUCUUACAAACGAUUUCACUGCUAUCAAUCUUCUCAAUGCCGUCAAUGCCCUUGUGGACGCAAUUAACCAAGCUCUUAAGGCCCGUAUCCUACUUUUUUAA